CAGCAGGCCUGCCAGUCGUCAGGGUCCCAUUCGUUGCCACACCGAGCCAUCGAGAGUACCCUGCGCCCCACGGUCCAACACCACCACAGCCUCAGCUACGCCUUGUAUGAUUGCGGAGACUGCGAUCCGCCCCCUAGCUUGCCCUGUCUUCCUCUUCGCCCCACCGUUGCACUCCACAAAACACCUACCCCGGCCUUCGGGAGACCUUGGAGACGGAGACAUGGCAUCCAUCCCACAAACACUGCAGCUGACUAAGACUGCACAGAAGCAACAACGUAAUGGAGGGGGGAAUUCUGCUUCCAUCGGCACCUAUUGCGGAAUGGCAGAGACGGACCAGCCAGCUCGGUACAAUAGCAAGCUGAUGAACAGCAUCUGGGGGCGCUACAAUGAACACUCCGUGCAUAACUUCAAGUCUCUGCAAUGCGGUGCGAUGGCUACUGCUUCUGGUGCUGGCGCUCAGAAUGGCCUAGAAGUUGGGCAGGCAAUGAUGCAGCCCCCCUCACCCUCUCUCUGCUCUAGCAGCGCUAUGAAGAGGCGCAUGAGGGAGCUUGGAGAGGCUGUGUCUGCCAACUUCAUGGACAAUCUGAACCAGUACUGAAUGCCAGGAGAUGCCUACACCCCGAGACCAUCCACCGCCACCACCACCACUUCACUUGAUUGACUAAAUUCACACUUUGAAGAGCGAUGUGAGUCAGAAAUUAAUUCCUUAUGAUUUAUAUUACUAGUGAAGCACAGAUAUUAAAUUGUCACUCUUGCAAUUAUGAUAAAUUUCCAAAAGACGAUGAAGGAAAGAUGUGAAUAUAAUCUGAUAAAGUGCAAGUCAGCAUUUCUCACGAGCUUUAUUGUCAUGCACCGAGGAAAGCAAAAUGUUGUGGUCUUCAAAGUAUUCCCAUGUAUAUACCGGCAAAUCAUAUCUAUUGGCAACUGUUGUGACUGCAAAAUUAUAUUGUGGUCUUCACAGUUGGAUGAAGUCUGAAGGCAGACCCUCAUCACACACUCCUGCCUUCUAUUCCCUCAUCAGAUCAGUACCAUACACACACACACACACACCACACACACACAGAAACACACACAGGAGGAGAGGAGUGGCAGUGAGGGUUGGUCACAUGAAGGCUGUAAGACCACAAGCAGGGUGUUAUGUGGGCAUCUGUUUGAAGGAUCAGAGAUAGUUUGGGGAAUCUAAACGUAAUGAAAGUAAGUCCAUCUUGCUGGAAGGAUGAUAACCCACCAAACUGUAUCUGAUUGAAAAUGAAAUCCUCUAUAUGAAACUGGAUAUUCCUAUUCACUAUACAUAUCUUGUUGUACUCAAUGCAAAGUGUCACGUAUACACAAUGUGAUCUGCUAUUUGUAAGAAUGGUGGUUAUUGACUCUUGUAUCCAAAUACACUUGUAAUUAGGUA